AUGGGAAUUGCUGGAAACCUUGUGACUUAUACAAGUGGGACGUUGCAUCUUCCUAGUGCAACUGGAGCCAACAUGGUAUCCAACUUUUUUGGCACUGGAUAUGUCUUGUGUUUGGUCGGUGGUUUUGUGGCUGAUUCUUACUUGGGUCGAUAUUGGACAAUUCUCAUUUCCGCAGUCAUCUUAGCAUCGGGUGCUGGGAUUUUAUCAAUAGUAUGUGCAAUACCAGGACUACGCCCACCUCCUUGUGACGUUAAUAGUAAUACAUGCAUACAGGCAAAUGGAUUACAAGUUGGACUCAUAAAUCUUGCUCUAUACGUGAUCGCAGUUGGAGAAGGAGGACUUAAAGCUAAUGUGUCAGGAUUUGGAACAGAUCAAUUUGAUGAGAAGGAUAAGAAAGAAAAAUCCAUGAUGGAUUACUUUUUUAGUAGAUUUUUUUUUAUCAUCAGCCUUGGAACUUUACUCAGUUUCACUUUGGCAGUCUACGUACAAGAUUAUGUGAGCCGAAGUUGGGGAUACGGGAUUUGCUGUUUUGCCUUCUUGAUUGGAAUUCUUAUAUAUAUGUCGAGGUAUAGAAGUUACAGGUACAAGAAAAGCGUGGGAAGUCCCGUUGUUCAAAUACUCAACGUUUUGGUGGCUGCUCUACGGAAGAGGAAACUCCAGUAUCCUACCAACGUCGAUGCCUUGUAUGAUGACUCUACUGACACCGCUCCAAGAAUCCGUCACACUGACCAACUUCGUUGCUUCGACAAGGCUGCAAUCAUAGACAAAGAUGACUAUGAUAGUAACGGUUCUGUGGUUCGAAACCAUUGGAAACUAUGUUCAGUCACAAAGGUAGAGGAAGUGAAAAUGAUGGUUAGGUUAUUGCCGAUUUGGGCCACCACAAUCUAUUUCUGGGUCAUACAUUCACAAGUGUUGACCUUCUCUGUGGAGCAAGCUUCAACAGUAGAUAGAUCAAUUGGGAACUUUCAAAUUCCUCCAGGCUCAUUCAAUGCCUUCUAUAUUUUUGGAAUAUUGGUUGGUGGUAUUUUCUACGACCAGGUGAUCAUUUCCUUGAUGAAGAGGUGGAAAGGCAGACAUGGUUUUACCAACUUUCAAAGAAUAGCCAUCGGGUUUGUCAUUGGCAUUUUGGCCAUGGUAGUAGCUUCAAUCGUGGAGACACGACGGAUCUCCGUCAUUAAAUCUGUGGGUGGGAAUGUCGUAACUUUGCCUCUAAAAUUCUACAUAUUGAUCCCACAGUUUUUCAUUGUUGGGGUGGCAGAAGCAUUCAUGUAUAGUGGUCAACUUGACUUCUUCAUAACCCGAUCUCGAAAAGGGAUGAAGUCGAUAAGCACUGGGCUUUUCCUCUCAACUAUAGGACUUGGGUUUUUUAUUAGCUCCUUCAUGGUCUCCAUAAUCAAUAGUGUGACUGGAACUCAAGUUGGCACUGGAUGGCUAACCAGUAACAUAAACUAUGGAAAACUAUACUAUUUCUAUGCUCUUAUUGCCGGGUUAGUCGUCAUAGACUUUAUAUUCUAUCUUCUUUGUGCCGUAUGGUAUGUAAGGACAAUGAAGGAUGCUUCACAAAUAGAGAGUAUCGUUGUAAGUUCUGAAGAGGAAGAGAAACAUGCCAUGCAGAUGAAGGACGUCGACACCCUUACAGCUUCUACAGAUUGA